AAAAAGAAGAAAAGUGAAAAACCGUUGGGGGCUUGAGAUUCGGUGGACUCCGACUCUUGAGCAAUCGUCAAAAGCUUUUCUUUUCUCCUUCCUUCUUCCGCUUUUUCAACGAUCCCAACGCGAAAUCGAUAGAGAGAGAGAGAGAGAGAGAGAGAGCUACUGUUCUAUCUGAAGAGAGUUGUGUUGAAGUCUGGUUUUUCUGAGAAUCGGGAGUUGGGUUUUUGGAGGUCUUCGAGAAGUCAACGGAGAUGCCGGAGGAGGAGUCGAUAGAUAUCAAAUUCAGGCUCUACGAUGGCUCCGACAUCGGACCCUUUCGCUAUUCAGCCGCGUCUACUGUUGAUUUUUUGAAGCAAAGGGUCGUCUCUGAUUGGCCCAAAGGCAAAACAGUUGUUCCAAAGGGGAUAAACGAAGUAAAGCUGAUUGGUUCGGGUAAGAUCUUGGAGAACAACAAGACUGUUGCCCAGUGUAAGACACCAUUUGGAGAGACUGCAGGUGGAGUCACUGUGAUGCAUGUUGUUGUACAGCCUUCUCCAGCAAAAACUAAAUCAGAGAAGAAGGUCGAUAAAGCACCCAAGGCGGUUAUAUGCACAUGCACCAUUUUGUGAAGGGAGCAAGACAUGUAUCAUACACACCAUCCUCAACUCUUCAGGUACAGAAGAAAACAACAACAAAAGAAAGAAAGAAAAAAAGUAAAAGUAAAGCUUCCCUCUAAGCUGUGGAGUAUCUAUCGUAACCUGGAAAUGCAAGCUUUGAAUGUGUAGAAAAUGAGAUUCUUUUCAAGUACCCAUCAUCUCUUAGCUGUUUUUGUUCAUACAAUCUGGUAUACUUCAUUCGCGUCCAAGCUGUACUGUAAUAAACGGAAUUUGUAUAGGCCACUAGCUCUGAAUGAUUACCGUGUGAAUUGUGAUGAAGAUAACUAAUUAUGUAUCUAUGAAAGAAAAAAUAUGUUGUGCCUUUAUUC